AUGCUUGACACAAGGGACUUCUUUGCUGAGGCAGUUCACGCAGAAGCAUAUCGAUAUACAAUAAAGGAGGUCAUUGGGAAGGGGAGUUAUGGCGUGGUUUGUUCAGCCGUCGAUAACUUUACAGGGGAGAAGGUGGCCAUUAAAAAGAUCACAAACGUCUUUGAACACGUAUCAGACGCAACCCGCAUCGUCCGGGAAAUUAAGCUGCUGCGGCUCCUUAAGCAUCCAGACAUUGUCGACAUUAAACACAUCAUGCUUCCGCCCAGUCCCAAGGAAUUUCGGGACAUUUACGUGGUUUUCGAACUGCUGGAGACCGAUCUUCACCAGGUAAUCAAGGCCAAUGACGACCUGACCCCCGAGCACCACCAAUUCUUUCUGUACCAGAUGCUGAGGGGGUUGAAGUACAUACACUCGGCCAAGGUAUUCCACCGGGAUCUCAAACCCAAGAACAUCCUGGCCAAUUCAGACUGUAAACUGAAGAUUUGCGACUUUGGUCUCGCCCGCCCCGCCUUCACCGAUAUGCCCACCACGGUGUUUUGGACGGAUUACGUCGCGACGCGGUGGUACCGGGCUCCGGAGCUGUGCGGGUCGUUUUUCGCCAAGUACUCCCCCGCCAUUGACAUCUGGUCCGUGGGUUGCAUCUUUGCGGAGGUACUGCUGGGAAAACCGUUGUUCCCUGGACGAAAUGUCGUACAUCAGUUGGAACUGAUAACGGAUUUGUUGGGGACGCCGUCGGGUGAGGUGAUUGCCAAGGUCCGCAACGAGAAGGCUCGCCGCUUCCUGCUCAACAUGUGUCCGAAACCCGGCAUACCCUUCGAGCUGCACUUCCCCCGGGCCGAUCGGGGGGCUCUUCGGCUGCUGCGGCGGCUGCUGGCCUUCGACCCGGCGGAGCGCCCCACGGCGGAGGAGGCGCUGGCGGAUCCGUACUUUACUGGUCUUCACUGCCUGGCCCGCGAGCCCGUGGCCCAGCCCCUCAGCAAGAUGGCCUUUGAGUUUGACCGCCGCAAACUCACCUUGGAAGAUGUACGGGAGUUGAUUUACCGGGAGAUCUUAGAAUACCAUCCUCAGAUGCUGGCGGCGUAUCUGGCAGGCGGAACUGCUCGUCCCAACUUCCACUACCCGUCGGCGUUGGAGUCGUUCAAACGGCAGUUUGCGCACUUGGAGGCCGGAGGUGUGUGUGCUUUUGAGUUUGCUGGUUUGGGGGAGGGGGAGGGGGAGGGGAAGGGGGAGGGGAAGGGGUGGGGUGGGGUAAAAAGGGCCGGGUUAGGAAGACGAACCACUGGCGAAUGGCGAGCAGAAAGGUUAAAGAGGGGAGGCGGUGAUAAAGGAGGGAGGGUGCAUGAAGGUAGAAAGUCGGGUGAGGAGGGGGAUGGGGUGGGGUGGGUGGGAAUCAAGUCAUGA